UGGCUGCUCCAUCUCUCCUCUGCCCUGCCCUGCCACGGCGCCCUCCCUCCGCCCGGGUAUCAGGCGAGAGGCGGGGCUGGCCCAGCACGCCCCGCCCCCGCUGUAGAAAGGGCCCAGAGAGUGUUACUCCCGGUCAUCCUCAGCUUGGGCCUUUUAUCUCGGCGCUGCCGGGGAGGCGGGAGGAGGAGACACAAGGGGUGGCCCUGAGCGUCGGCGACACCUUUCCAGGGCUCUAUAAAUUGAGCACCUGGGAUGGGUAGGGGGCCCACGCCACCACCACCGCCCACACUGACCGCCGCAGCAGCCGCAGGCAGCAGCCGCCGGGAGCGGGAACGCUGAGCUACCCAGCAGCAGGGGAUCUCGAGGCGCCGGAGGAACAGGCAAGGGCUCGACCCAGGGACCACGAGCUGAUAUCGCGAGCUUCCGGACGCCAAAGCCAGAAGUCGCGCAUCCCGCAGGGCCGGGCUGCGAUCGAGACGAGUUGGAGAAGGCGGAGGAGGAGCCGGGAAUCCCGCCGCACCGGCAGUAGCCAGGCUCCCGGCGCGGGCCUCACAGAGCGCGUGAAGGCGGGCAGCCCCUCGCCCUAGCCGGCCAUCCCGUGCCCCUGCGUCCCUGUGCUUCGGCGCCCACGCGGCCACCAUGAUGCAAAUUUGCGACACCUACAACCAGAAGCACUCGCUCUUUAACGCCAUGAAUCGCUUCAUCGGCGCGGUGAACAACAUGGACCAGACGGUGAUGGUGCCCAGUCUGCUGCGCGACGUGCCGCUGGCCGAGCCGGAGCUGGACAACGACGUCGGCGUGGAGGUACGCGGCAGCGGCGGCUGCCUGGAGGAGCGCACGCCCCCGGCCCCCAGCCCGGGCAGCGCCAAUGGCAGCUUUUUCGCGCCCUCCCGGGACAUGUACAGCCACUACGUGCUGCUCAAGUCCAUCCGCAACGACAUCGAGUGGGGAGUCCUACACCAGCCGCCGGCGGCGGGGAGCGAGGAGGGGAGCGCCUGGAAGUCCAAGGACAUCCUGGUGGACCUGAGCAACCUGGAGGGCGCGGACGCCGGCGAGGAGGACCUGGAGCAGCAGUUCCACUACCACCUGCGAGGGCUGCACACUGUGCUGUCCAAACUCACGCGCAAAGCCAACAUCCUCACUAACAGAUACAAGCAGGAGAUCGGCUUCAGCAAUUGGGGGCACUGAGGCGGGGCCCGCGGCUGUCCCGCACCCUUCCUGGUCCCAUCUCUCACCCUCUCUCUUUCCUUAAAGCUAUUUUCUUUCUGGCUCUAGGGCGCGAUGGGCGGACUGCAAAGUUGGGGGGCUGCGUACAUGCUGGGGGCGCAGCAGGGCAGCAUGGAGGAAGGGGCUUCUUUGGCGAGAGCAGAGAGGAAAGUGGUGGCCAAAGAGGUGGGAUAGUGCUCAAGGACUUCCUUCUCUCCCCUGGCGGGGUCGGGCGGAGGUGGGGGAAUGAGGGGACUGUGUUCUACUUUGGUGGGAAUGGGCCUGAGUUGACGCCCUGCAUUCAGUCUGUGCCUUUCCUGGAGUUUCUUUUCUUUCCGGAGGAGAAGGGCCGAGAAUAGGCCAUUCCGGGGCGCGGCGCUGGGUUGCCACACUUGGGAGUGCUGCCCGGAGCUGGGCGCUGGGGAAGGCGGGGCGGUUGCGCAGCCUCCCGCCGCCCUGCCGUUGGGCUGGUGGAGGCAGCAGUGUUGCUAAGGUUGCAUCAGUUUUCCUGUAACAGUGGCCCCGUCCUAAGUAUUUCGAAUCUCCUCCUUGCUCUGAAACUUCGGCGAUUCCAUUGUGAUAGGCGCACAAACAGCACUGUGUCGGUAACCGGUACUAGUUUAUUAAUGAUUUUCUGUUACACUGUAUAGUUGUCCUGUGGCACCUCUAUCCCAUCCUUUUCACACCACCCCCACCCCAGUAUGUGUAAGCUGGCACGGUGCCAGCUUGUAGGAAACUUGCCACUUGGUGAAAAUAAUAACAUUGUUAUGAGAAAGUGGACUUACCCAAGAUGGAACCAACUGACAUUCUAUCCAUGUUGUACAUAGAAUGAUGAAGGGUUCCACUGUUGUUAUAUGUCUUAAAUUUAUUUAAAACUUUUUUAAUCCAGAUGUAGACUAUAUUCUAAAAAAUAAAAAAAAGCAAAUGUGUUAACGAAA